AUGAUGGCGGAUCCGAUGGCUGAGAGCUCUUCCAACCCAUUGAUGGCUGAGAGCUCUUCCAACCCAUCGCACGCCUUUGCUGUCGGCGAGCGUGUUCACGCACGAGUGGGCGCCGAGUGGAAGAUGGGCACGGUCGUUGACCUGCAGAGCAGCGAGCACGGCUCAGCUGUCACGUACGAGGUGAAGCUCGACGGCACCGCGCGAGUCGCAGACGGUGCGACUCUCUACGUCUCCGAUGACGCCAACGAGAUCCGCGUGCCGUGCGAGGUGGGCUCGCCGGCCAACCCUAAGAACGCUCGUGAUUCGCUCACUGACCUCCUGCAAGAGUGCACCGGGACCGGCUCGAAUUACUGCGUGGGCGGCGAGUGGACCGCUGGCGUGCUACCGGAGAUCACGCACCAGGAGACCGGCGAGUUCCGCUACCCGCUCAGCGCGGAGCAGGCCACCGCCUUCAUCACGGCGUCGCAGCGCUCGGGCGUGGGCACCAUGACGGACACUGUGAUCAACCUCGAGGCGCGCAAGUCGUGGGAGCUCCUGCCGGCCGACCUCAACUUUGUCAAUCACGACGAGUGGGAGGCCUCCGUCCUCCUGCCGAUGCUCGCGCACAUCUCGUCGAGCCUCGACCUCGACGACUGGCAGCUUGGCGCGUCGCUGUACAAGAUGCUCGUGUACGAGGAGGGCUGCUUCUUCCGCCGCCACAAGGACAACGUGCGCAUCGACAACAUGUGGGGCACGCUCGUGAUUCAGCUGCCCUCUAGCGCACGGCUCAAGAAGCAGGCGGAGAAGGCGGCGGCGGCGGCGUGCGCGGCGUCGAGGCGGCUCAAGUUCGCAGCCUUCUACGCCGACUGCCAGCACGAGGUGGACACGCUCACCGGCGGCCUGCGCUGCGUGCUCGUGUACAACCUGACAGGAGUGCCGCUCGAGAAGACGCUCGCCAAGAAGCGCGGCCUCAGCGAGAGCGAGUGGCGCGGCGCGCCCUCAAAGCUGUGCGCGAGCCCGCCGCAGCCGGCCGACGAGGCGCUCGUCGCCAAAAUCGCACACGCGUUGCGCGCGCUCACGCGCGAGACGGAUGCGCACUACCCUGACGAGACGUACACGGAGGAGGUCAACUCGUACAGCCGGGGCAAGGCGCCACCAGCGCACGAGUUCUGGCUCAAGAGCCUCUCGGCGGACGAGCGAGCCGUCUACGAGUACUCCUUCUCGUCUACCGAGACGUACGGCGACAACCAGAAGCGUGUCAAGGCGGCCUUUGAGCAGCUGCCGCCGUCCGUCGCCACGCGCUUCCGCGCGCUCGCCACCGCGGCGUCGUUCAAGGAGGUGACCGUCAAGCACGGCAAACCGGCAAAGCUCGUUGCCGUCCUCUCGCACUUCUACACGCCGCAGACUCUCACCGGCCUGCACGCGCUCAAGGGGCGCGAUCGCGUCGUCGGCGAGCUGCUCGUCGCCGCGCUCGGCUGCUCGCGCGACGUGACCGCCGUGCCGCGCCUCUCGGCGCUCGCCGCCUCCACUCUCGUCGUCGAGGACCCUCCCGACUACCAGGCGCUCGCCAAGGAUUCGACGGCGAUGGCAGUGGUCGAGCGGGCCGCCUUCCUCUCGCUUGUCGUGCUGUGGGACUACGGCGAGAGCACGCCCGACCCGCCCGCCUUCACCUUUGGCCCGCUCAUCCCGCUCGUGCCCGGCGCGACGGUGCCCGCGGACCUCAAGAGCGCCGUCGGCCCGAAGCUGCCAAACUUCGACGAGCGCGGCAUGCGCCAGCUCUUUCAAGGCGAGGGCAUCAACUGGGCGGACGACGAGUACGACGAGUACGACGAGGACCCCGAGCUGUACGAGUACGACAACUGGUGGCAGAUUGGAGAGGUGCGCCCCAGCGAGCGAUGCCUGAACAUCCUCGCAGAGGAGCUGCUGCUCGCGGACGCGGCCGUCGCCAAGGAGCUCCGACGCGGACAGGACGACUCCUACCGCGAGCAGGCGCUCGUGACGGAGGGCGACCCGCAGCGCGUCGAGUUUCUCGGCAACGGCUGCCCAUACCCAGGCCAGUGCUACGCACGUGCCGCCAUCCUCUUCUGGCCCACCGAGGGGCGCAACGAGGUCCUCCGCCAGUCGCCCGCGGGGGGAAAGAUGCUUGACGCCGCGGGCGCAACCCACUGA